AUGCCAAAGAGCGACGAGACAAUGAGCCGAUCCCCGUCGCAAAAAGCCAUGAUCGACCAGAUGGACAAGUUUUAUUAUUGCAACUCAAUGUUCUUCGGUCAUCAAGUGGGGGAAGAUCUUGCGGACGAGCUUGUCAACGGCACAGGCGGCGCCAUGGCCAAGGCCUAUAUCAUGUCAUCUGGGUCCGAAGCUAUGGAUGCAGCUAUGAAAAUGGCACGGCAGUACUUCGUGGAAUCGAGUCCUAAGCAGUCCAAGCGUAUUAAUUUCAUUGCGCGAGAGGGCUCGUAUCAUGGCACAACCCUUGGCGGACUGUCAAUGAGCGGUCAUGUUGGCAGGCGAAGCUUGUUUCUGGACAUGCUGCUGCCCAACGUGCAUCGAGUGUCCGCAUGCAAUGCUUACAGAGGUAUGAAGCCGGGCCAAACGACCGAGGAAUAUGUCGAGCAAUUGGCGGAUGAGCUUGACAAGAAGUUUCAACAAGUCGGUCCUGAUACAGUUUGUGCGUUUGUUGCCGAACCAGUUGUCGGAGCGACACUGGGAUGUGUCCCCGCCGUGCCUGGCUACUUCAAGGCCAUGAGACGGGUAUGCGAUAAAUACGGCGCGCUCCUGAUUUUGGAUGAGGUCAUGUCUGGCAUGGGUCGUUGCGGAUCAUUGCACGUAUGGCAGCAGGAAGGCGUGGUGCCUGAUAUACAGACCAUGGCAAAAGGGCUGGGAGGCGGAUUUGCUCCAGUGGCGGGGAUGAUGAUCAAUCACCGCGUCGCAGAUGCUCUGAUGGCAGGAACCGGGGCCUUUUCACAUGGCCACACAUAUCAGGGCCAUCCGAUUGCCUGUGCUGCUGCAUUGGAGGUGCAGCGCAUCAUCCGCGAGGGUAGUCUUGUCGAAAAUGUCAAGCGAACAGGAGGGAUCUUGGGGGGCCUUUUACACAAGGAGCUUGACGGCCAUCCAAACGUCGGCAAUGUACGAGGAAAAGGCCUCUUUUGGGGUAUUGAGUUUGUGAAAGACAAGGAGAAUAAAACGCCGUUCCCAGUGACGGCCGGCAUAGCCAAUGCAGUGCAUACGACAGGUCUGAUGGACAUGGGCAUCAUGCUGUAUCCUGGGACGGGCACGAUGGACGGCGUUGACGGUGACCAUGUGCUGGUGUCUCCCGUUUACACGAGCACGGAGGAAGAUGCCUCGAGAAUUGUGAAGAAGAUAAAGGAGACUGUGGACAUGACGUUUUCUAGGUUAGCUGAACUUGCAGGCAUUCAUUAA